AUGGUCUGGUUCGACAAGGGUUCCACCGUCUCCUCCAACUCCAACUCCCGCUCCCACCGUCGCCGCUCUCCCUCGCACCGCUCCCACUCCCGCUCCAACUCCAACAUGUACAAACACCAAGUCCCCUCCGUCCACAGCGUGCCUUCAAAUUACAACUACGCCUACGGCUCAGACUCCAACGUCAACGCCCCCAGCACCGUCUCUGGCCGCAAAAGCCCCUCCGUCUACUCCGGCACCACAGCCGCGUCCUCCACCCGCCGCCGCGCGAAGCCCCGAAAGGGCUUUGUCAAGCGUGUUGUUCGCACGAUCCGGCAGGUUCUCCGGGACAUUUAUGAUUAUGCGCGGGAGUUCCCUUACCGGACGUUCUUCAUGGUCAUUGUGCCGUUGAUUGCGACGGGGGUGUUGCAGAAGUUGUUGGGGUUCAUUGGGAUUAAGUUGCCGAAGAGGAUCUUUGGGAGAUUGGCUAAGCCGCCUUCGUUUGAUGGAUUGAAGGCGCAUGUCAUUGCGUUGAUUCGGGUUGCCAAGUGGGCUGUUAAGUCUUGA